UUUACCCUUCCUCCUUUUGUGAUGGAAAAAUAGACCCAUCAAAUAUUUAAACGGCAGACCUGGGUUCUCUAACGAAGACUGCGAAAAUUUCGAAACAAGCAAGGAAGAUUUUUUAAGGAGAGAACUUUUAUCAUGGAGGUUUUAUGAUCGAAAACAACAGAAGUGACAGAUAGAAAGGUGUCCAUCGAGUGUGGUUUAGCGGUCGCCUUGCAGCGUAUUCAUAAUUCUCACUUAGAGUAUUCACCAGAAGAGUAUAAACAAAGGGGAUUUGCACUGGUAUUGUAGAAGAAAGCGAUCUUCUAUACUGGAAAGGAAACGGAUUCGACUAUCACAUCCAACAUACGGCUGUGCAUACAUUUUGCAAGCUGCACGCUAGAAGUUCCUCGAUGAAGAUGGUUCUGAGAAUUCUACAAAAAACCGCGAAUAACGGGUAUCUUACGUGGUCGAAUACUUAAUAACUACGGUUAUUAAUUUCUCCGCAAGUUUUCUAAACGUCUUGGCAACUCGAUUCGAAGGAUCUAAAUUACAAUGUUGACGUUUUAUAGUUGCACGUAUAGCAUCUCUAGGUACUUGAGUACAACAACUUUACCAUCACAAGCAACAAGAACUAAACGAUUUAUUAUGCCGAUAAUCAUAGCCACCCUAUUUUUAUCAUUCCAUUCAGCGUCAGCCCAAAGUGAUAAUAAUGUGACGAACGUUCAAACUUGCGUUUCGUGCCCGACCGGAGCGACGUGUUUUACGGACGAAGCGAGAAAUAUGACCAAAGAAUGGGGAUACGAUGGCUAUAUUUGUUCCUCGUCGCAAGAGUGCUAUGGGGCAAACUCGAUGAACGUUCAAUUACCCCGUCAGAUUCCUGUAGUCAUACUUCUGGGUGAUCGUCUCACAUUUGUGCCUUGGAGAGAGCAAGAUUUCGAGUUCCAACCAUACAAUCUCUCAAAGGCAGACUUCGAUAAGUGCAAUGUAGUUGGUACAUCUCUAUCGCCGUCACUGACAGGAGAUCCGGUUGUUGUUGAGGACAGAUACCUGCGGCCACCAGGAAUCAAGUACUUUGCAGUCAAAACGAAUAAUAAUCUAUUCACCUGUGAUUUUGGCAUGAAGUUAGAAGUCAGUGUUCGCAGUAAGGAGCCAUGCAUUAACCCCAAUGAUAGAAGUACGGGUGUGUGCAGUGGAAAGGGGCAGUGUGUAAUGCUGGGGCAAUUCUUUACCUAUAACAUGACUUGUAAGUGUUGUGAUUAUUAUACUGGUAAAUACUGUGAAGAGCUGAACAGUUGUUUGCGUAGCCCAUGCCAGAAUCAAGCGACAUGUUUAGACAUCAAUGCAGGGCUUCGAGAUGCCUACAACUGUAGUUGUGUACCUGGAUUUACUGGGAAAAACUGUGAGAUAAAUAUCGAUGACUGUGCUUCCAGGCCAUGUUUGAAUGGGGGAUUGUGUGUUGAUGGUGUUAACAGCUACAGUUGUCUUUGCCAACCAGAUAUAAAUGGGGACAACUGUGAAAUUGUUACCCCAAAUCGCUGUCAGCCAAAUCCUUGUGAAAAUGGGGGAACUUGUGACAGGACUGUUGGAAACGAUGGAUCACGAUCAAAUUAUAGUUGUACUUGUGUAUCAGGCUAUACAGGUAGAAACUGCACAGAGCGUGACCUCUGUGAGCCUGAAAACCCUUGUGCAAAUGGAGGAACCUGUCAGAGAACUAUUGGAAGUGACGGAUCUCUUGGCUAUAACUGCACGUGUGCACCAGGCUAUCUCGGAACAAACUGUACAGAGCGCAACCUGUGUGAGCCAGUUAACCCUUGUAUAAAUGGAGGAACAUGUAAGAGAACUGUUGGAAGUGACGGAUCUCCUGGCUACAACUGCACAUGUGCACCAGGCUAUCUCGGAACAAACUGUACAGAGCGCAACCUGUGUGAGCCAGUCAACCCUUGUGUAAAUGGAGGAACAUGUAAAAGGACUGUUGGAAGUGAUGGAUCACCUGGCUAUAACUGCACAUGUGCACCAGGCUAUCUCGGAACAAACUGUACAGAGCGCAACCUGUGUGAGCCAGUUAACCCUUGUGCAAAUGGAGGAACAUGUAAAAGGACUGUUGGAAGUGAUGGAUCAGCUGGCUACAAUUGCACAUGCAUAGAAGGUUUUACAGGGAAAAAUUGUUCAGAGAUCACACCAUCCUCUUCUUCAGUACCUACCCCAUCCAGUUCAAGUGAUAUCCAAAAAACAGCGAUCAGGUCCACAUCAGUCACUGUCCAGUAUUCUACUUCUUCUGUGCCAAUCAUAGCAAUCACAACAAGCUAUGAUAUGGCAGAAACAACUUCCUUGGUAUCAACACUUCAGUUACUGACAACACCCGCAGCUACUCUCCCCACAGAUAGUCUGAAAUCUACAGGAGUUUUUAAACCCACAACUGCGAUUGACACUCAGUUAUCGACCAUUACGCCUACAUCACCCUCAUCCGUAACUUCUUCUGAUGUUGGCAGCACAGAUACAGCAACUAGUACACCUACAUCAUCACCCUCAUCGCCAAUAACUUCUUCAGAUGUUGGCGGCUCAGAUACGUCUUCUUUAAUCAUUAAUACAACUACUUCAGGGAUCACACCCAGGUCAACCAUCUCUGUUACAACUUUAACUACAACUCCCACACAUACUACCACUUCAAUUACUUUGCACCCGUCAUCUGCCAUUCUUGAUAGUUCUCUUGGUCCAGCCUCAACACCCAGAACAACCAUUUCAUCAACAACACACGUAUCAUCAACCCCAAUAGCAUCAUCAUCUAUGGUGAUGACACCAACAGCAAUAAACCCCUCGGCAACAGUAACAACAACUGUGCCAUCCACAUCAGUGGUAGUGAAGCCUGUGCGAGCCAUGACUUGUAGCGACUCUCCUUGUGGACCUGGAACUUGUAUAGAUGUGAAGGACUACCAUGCCCUGGUCAACUUCACAUGUCAGUGUCCAUACAAAACUUUUGGUCCUCGCUGUAGCCGGGACUACACACCACACUUCAUCAGGUUCAGUAAUAACUCCUAUCUUGUUCACAAAGAAAUCGUCACCUCUCCGGAGUUCAACAAAAUAGUGAUAGCGUUCAAGACCAAUGCUACAGACGGGCUGCUGUUCUUUUCCAAGCACGCCUCUUACAGGGAUUUUUUCCAACUUCAUAUCGUCGGAGGAAAGUUGGAGUUCCGGUUUGACCCAGGCGAUAGGCUGGCAGCAAUAAAAAGUGAUGCUGAUGUCAGCAUUGGGAGAAAGAUUACAGCAGUCAUAACAUAUAACAGCAGAACCAAGACAGCUACCCUCCAAGUCGAUAGCGGUGAUGUGUAUCGCAAGGUGUUAUCUGGAGAUCUUGUUGGCAUUAACCUUGGUGACAAAUGGUAUAUAGGUGGUGCACCGCCGAGUAUUUCACUCGGCUCUACAGUGGGUGCGGUGGUGACCCCCUCUCUAGUGGGGUGUAUAUCGGACAUAGAAGUAAACAAUGUAGGCAUCAAACUUACAGAUGCAACUGACUGGUACAAUCUUGGCGAGUGUGAUGCCCCAUGUGUCAAUAACCCCUGCCGCAAUGGGGGAACCUGUACCCCAGAUGCAGAUGACCCUCAUGAUUACGACUGCAAAUGCCCCUCUGGAUAUCAAGGCAAAAGCUGCACCCUCAUCUCAGCAUGUGUGGGGGAUCCUUGUAGUGGCGGUCGUUGUAUUGUCUCCAACUCUUCACAGCCACAAAACCAUGUGUGUCUCUGUCCUUAUGGGAAGGCGGGAGUGUCAUGUGAACAUGACAUCAGCAUUUCAGUUCCUGGUUUUACUAUGCUGCAUGGCUAUGCCUCGUACAUCCAGUAUGCCACUCCCACACCUGGUGCCAGCCAUUUUGACAUAACCAUGCAGUUCAGAGUAGAUGACCCCAUUGCUUGGAAUGAUGCCUUGCUGCUGUACAGCAGUCAGGACAGGUACCUUGGUGGAGGAGAUUUUAUUGCUCUUGGGUUAAAAGAUGGACAGGUCUUGUUACAAUAUAACCUUGGUAGCGGUCUAGCGAGAAUAAGAAGUUGUUCACUAAACAAGACUCAAGAUUGGCAUACUGUGACUGCCGGUAGGUCAGGCCCAGAGGGCUACGUCUAUGCAGACAACUGUGAAAAAGUUAGAGGGAGUUCCGAAGGAAAUCUACAAGAACUGAACCUCUACGCUCCACUUUUUAUUGGUGGCGUACAUGACCUAUCAGAGCUUCCUACUUAUGUUGACUUUAAAUCUGGUUUCCGUGGAAACCUUUAUGGCAUGGCUAUACGAUUCUCCAACCAGGAAGUGUGGCGAAAUCUAUCAUUGCUGCAGACACAGGGAGUCUCUGAGAGAGUUGAAGCUGGGAGUAACAUUGGAAAUGAGAGCUAUAAUGAGUGUAUUUCACAGACGCCGCCAUGCCUUAAUGGUGGAAACUGCACCCGUCAUGCUGCAACGUAUGUUUGCAGGUGUCUUCCUGGAUGGAGAGGUCUUUACUGUGGGAGCCGUUCAAUUCCGUGUUUAGACUAUAACCCUUGUGCCUUCGGGUCCACAUGCAGAGAAAAGCAAGGUGUUGUCACAUGUGACUGUCCACUUGGAAGAACAGGGCUUACAUGUAGUCAAAAGCUGAACAUCCAAGUGCCCCUAUUCAAAGAGUCAUCCUACAUGGAAUUUAAAUCUCCAGCCUAUAUCAGAACCGUCACUUCUAUUGUAAUAAAGUUCACACCAAAAGCUCUGAAUGGGCUGCUGUUUUACACAACACAUAAGAUAGACAGUCUCAGGGGUGACUUCAUCUCUCUUGCUCUUCACAAUGGCUUCAUCCAGGGAAGGUUUGAUCUAGGGAGUGGCAUAGGUUUUGGGCAGACAACUCAGCCUGUUACCAUUAACACAGAAGUCACCGUGAUCCUAAAUAGAACUCGAAAUUCUGGAAGCCUACAAUUGAACAAUGACCCACCAGUAGCUUUCACAUCUCCUGGGAACGCUGUCGCUUUAGACGUGACAUCAAACCUGUACUUGGGAGGAGCUCCGCAGCUGUCGUCUGUCAAUCCCAGAGCAGUAGAGGAUGUGAUGUCUCUUAGGGAUUAUACAGGAUGUAUAUCUGAAGCAAAGGUGAAUAAUCAGGUCCUGGUGCUGACAGAAGUAGGUGCUGUGUCAGGACGGAACAUUGACAACUGCGCUACACAGGGGGCAGUGGCUUAAAUGUCGGACACCAGAGUAAUACAGAAUAUUUUUGUGUAAAUUUAUAGCCAUUAGUGAAACCCUUAAAAAUGGCUAUUUUUUUAGGAUUUAAAAGCAAACAAUGCAAUGCAUCCUGGGAGGGAUGACAGGCCAGUCCCGAAAGGGGCUGGUUGCUUGGAUAAUAGCUAUAGAUGGUAGGGCCUACCAGAAUAAAAUACAUAAACUUGAUUUUGUGUGAAAGGCCUCCCAUUGCUCAAGAAACUUUAUUUUUAUUUUUUAAAGAUUGGGGAUGUCUAAACAUUUUAUUUAUAAAUCUUAUUUGUAUAUUGUGUAUUCAUAGUUUUUGAUUGUAAUAUUUUAGUAAAAAGUUAUAGACUACAGUUAA